GCCGCCGUGCCGCUCUACCGCCUCUACUGCCAGACCACUGGACUUGGAGGGUCGGCAGUGGCAGGUCAUGGCUCGGACCACAUUGAGACUAUGGAACCCGUUAAAGAUCGGAUCAUCAAGGUCACGUUCAAUGCCGACGUGCACACGAGCCUACACUGGAGUUUCAGACCUCAGCAAAAUGAAAUAUAUGUGGUACCAGGAGAGACUGCACUAGCCUUUUACAAAGCAAAGAAUUCAACUGACAAACCUAUAAUUGGCAUCUCUACCUAUAAUGUGGUGCCUUUUGAAGCUGGGCAAUACUUCAAUAAAAUACAGUGCUUUUGCUUUGAAGAACAGCGGCUGAAUCCCCAUGAGGAAGUGGACAUGCCUGUCUUCUUCUACAUUGAUCCUGAAUUUGCAGAGGACCCCAGACUGGCCACUGUCGAUCUGAUCACUCUUUCUUACACUUUUUUUCAAGCAAAGGAAGGACAAAAGUUGCCUCUUCCAGGUUAUCAAUAAUAUACAAUAUUGACACAGUGAAUAAAAUCCCUGGUACCUGCCAAUGCCAGUUUAUAUGGAUGUUCUAGAGACACAAGGAGACGAAACAUUGGAGCAAAGCACCACACGAUAUGAAUGUCUAUUAAUUAUUGUACCAUUACAGGUAUAUAUUGUUGUUCUUUCAGAUGUUUAUUUUUUAUUCCAAUAUUUUGACAGAACGUGUGGCUAAAGGGAAGUCUUUGUAAUCAAAUACAAAAAAUGUUGUCAAGAUGUAAAGAUUUCCUAUUCCUUACUAUACACUCUUGGAUAUAUAGUAGAUUAACAAUCAAUGCAGAAAAUUAACACUUCCACCUAAAUAGUGAACAUGAAUACUCAUUCCUGUAAAUACUCUGCCUAAUCUCGUGAACUAAAUAAGGAUUUUUUAGUGAUCCAUCCUGUUUGUGUGUGCUAUAGAAGGAAGGUUGGAAAUCAUCCUUUUUAAGUUAUUACUGAAUCAAAAAACACAAUGUCAUAUUUGGAUCACUGCUGCUAGAGGUGCUGCUUUUUGGAUGAGCUAUAUUCUACAUGUUCUGACUGCAUGUGGUUAUUUCUGACCUCUUUGGAAUAUUUAUAGAAAUAGUAUGUCAAUUCCAACUCAGGCAAUCAUUUUGCUAACAGUACCAUAUCCUGUGGUCAGGGAAGUUAAGAAUAAAAGAACAGCCAUUAUCAGAGUACAGCUUAAGUAGCUACAAGUCUAUGUGUAUCCCUUAAAAGGGCAAUAAAGUAAUCUGAUACCUUUGAAAAUAGAAAAGCUGUUAAUUGGCAAUUUUCUGCUAUGUUACUAUGGCAGUUUUGAACCACAUCCUGACUUUUGCCUUUCAGGUUUCUGUUCAAAACCCAAUAUAAAGUAGCAAAAAUGUCCACAAAAGUCACAAAACCUACCAAAACUUAUGAAAACAGCUUGAUCUAUAUUUUUAAAUCUGCCUUUUCUUUUAAGGAGGUUAUAUAAUCUUUAUCACAAGAGUUUCUAAAUACUUCUUAAGAAGGAAUGAAUUUUAUUCUCCCAACACCUGUAUGAUACAGAGCCUGUUUUCAUAGUUUUUCAUUCCUUAGUUUAAUGGAAAACUCUGUCAAAGAAGUGAUUGAAACCUUCUCAGUGUCUCAUAAUCCAGUAUCCAACCUGUUAGUCCAAUCAUUCCUUUCCCUCCCAUGCAUAAAAUCUGACAAAAGCACAACCAGUGGCAUCUUUCAGACUAGAAGCAAAUAGGCACAUUCAGACAUGUGGGGAAAAUGGUUAACUUCUUCCAUUUAAGACUAUGUAAGUUAAAUCCAUGUACAAUGAUUGAGAAACUGUGCUGUAAAAAAAAAAAGUGUUGCUGUCCUUCCCUGUUUUUAGGGGGAGCGGGUGAGGGUGGAGGAGGAGAGGCAGGUUCAAGUCAUGCUGUUUUAAAAGGUACAGUUGCUUUGAAAACAAAUAUCACUGCGGUAAAUACAAUUACUGGUAUCCAGCAUAUCUUUUGUAAUGACAGAACGUCGAAUCUUUAACUGUACUCAUUAAAGGGUGUAAAGUGU